GGAGUUCACAGACCACUCACAAACCGAGUCACUCUCGUUCCUUCCCCAGCUCUUGUGUAGGCUCUACCGCCUGCGGCACCGCCCUCCGCGCCGAGCACGCCUCUCUUACUUCUCUGGUAGGCGUCCUCGCCGUCCUCUUCCUCCCCUGGAGUGGAAAUCAUCCAUCUGGACUUGGAUUGAGUUCUUCUGCUGCAGAUCAUAUGGUGCCACCAGAAUCACAAGCCGCAGUUGAGAAAAAUUCUUCCAUGAGUGUGGAAACUAAAGAGCAGGUUCUAGCACUUGUUUCUAGCAAAGGUCACAAGAUAUCUAGUACUACUGUGCACGGUGCAAGCUCCUUAAAAUUACCAAAAAGUGCUCAAGAGGAGGCUAGCUUUAUGGGUGAAGGUGGAGAACAACAGUUCGGCUACCACCCCAAUGCGCAUGCCCUUCAGCCACAAACACUCUUUUCUGGAGGAUAUUUGAAUCAUUUGGGUACAUGGGAAGAAUAUCCACAUGUUGUGAGUGCAGAGGGACUUGAUGCUGCAUCCCCUGUGAUGUAUGGAGCUUAUUCCCCUCCGUCAACUAUCGGAGACAGCCAGUGGUAUUUCCCUUUGCUCUAUCCCUUGUCAAAUCCUUACUACCAGCCACCUGCUUCUCCAAGCAUCGGAUAUUCAAAUUCUGCCAUUGGAAUAUCGCAAUUUGAUCCUAUGCACCAGUAUUACCUUCCUGACACACUUCUCUACCCACCAACUCCUGACUUCCAUCAACCUUUUGGUUCUUUGGAUGGAGCUCCAAUGCAACCGAGUGGUAUUCCUGGACUUUUUGGGCAAGGAAACAUACCCCUGACUUCUAAAAUGGAAUCCAUGUAUAGCUCUGGGUCAUACAAAGUACUCCAGCAAGGUGGUAAAUUUGGAGGCGCUACACCACGCUGUAGUGCUGCUAGUAGCAGAUUCAGCACCUUCAACAAGGGAUUCAAACAUGAGAAGAGCUCUCUUGACUUUCUGAAUGAGCAAAACCGUGGGCCAAGGGCCACCAAAACACAGAAAGAAGUGGAGAGCUCUUCAGCGGAGGACAAAAAUAAGACAACAUUGUUAAUAGUUGAUUCUGAGCAGUACAACCACCCUGAUUUUCUCACUGAGUACAAGGAUGCCAAAUUUUUUGUAAUAAAGUCCUACACUGAAGAUCACGUACACAAGAGCAUAAAGUAUAAUGUUUGGGCCAGCACUUCUAGCGGGAACAGAAAAUUAAAUGUUGCUUAUCAUGAAGCAAAAGAGAAAGAAGAUCAUUGUCCUAUUUUCUUGUUUUUCUCGGUUAAUGGCAGUGGUCAGUUCUGUGGUGUAGCUGAGAUGAUUGGACCUGUCAACUUCGACAAGAGCGUUGAUUACUGGCAGAAUGACAGAUGGAGUGGCCAGUUCCCUGUCAAAUGGCACAUUGUUAAGGAUGCCCCAAACAACCUUGUUCGGCACAUCAUCCUGGAGAAUAAUGAGAACAAGCCUGUGACAAACAGCAGGGACACGCAGGAGGUGAAACUGGAGCAGGGUCUCCAGAUGCUAGCCAUCUUCAAGAAUCAUGAAGCCCAGACAACAAUCCUUGAGGACUUCGACUUUUAUGAGCAACGAGAGAAGGCUAUGCUGGAUAAUAGGCAGCAAGAGAAGCUGCAGUGCGCCAAUGCCGAGGCCCGUAAGCUGGUGGAGGCCAGUGCACCAGUGAACCUUAUGACCCAUAUCUCAGCCACCUUUGCACGGGCAGUCCAGCUAGAAGAAACCAAGGGCAAAGAAAACAGAACAAAGGUUGAAGACACCACAGCUGCUGAACGGCAUAAGCGGGAAGCCUUCUGAAGGAAAGCCGUUGAUUGUUCUUUCUCCUUUCAUGACUAAUUCGGAAGAGCAGCUAGGUCAUGUAUGACAUGGUAUUUCAUGGAGGCGAACACGACUAAGGAGUACCCAAAAAACGGGAGCUGCUGCUUCUUUUGUACAGCAUGAUAGGCUAGAGGUGAAAGCUUUGUUUCACUCUGGUUAGGCAGGCUAUAAUCUAGUUUCGUAUCUUCCUAAGUUCUGAGCCCCUUCAAGAAUGGUGCUCAGUGGUUUAGCCAUGAGGGUGAGCUGCAUAUAUAUAUAGCUUUGUACAGCUUGCAGUUGAAUAACUACUAUUCUCUAUUAGUAAUUUCAUUGUUUACCCAA